UCGUAGUAGAACGGAUAGAUAUAUUUUGAAUACAAAGGUGUUUUUUAAACCAUGAGUAUGGAUGUGGAUAAUCAUAAAAUUGCAAAUGAUAAUAUCAGAAAUGACGUAAUGUGAAACAGAAUGAUUGGGAAACGCAACAAGCUAAUAAUAAACACACCUACUUCUGGGUGAAACAUUAUCAAAUGUGUUUUUAAUAAAAUACAAGUUAAAUUACUUCUCAUUUAUAUUAGUUCAAUUCUGUGCUACAUUUUGUUGUUUUGGAGAUACCAAUUCGACGUUACCAUGGUGCAGCUCAAAACCUAUAACUGUAGGGACAUGCAAGUAUUUGAGCAAAAGGUGACCAUGACUUCGGUAUCUAGAGUAUUAAUCGUUACUAUUUUGGUUGGUGCCGCUUAUGGAAACUCGACAUCAAGUGCUGUAAUCAAAACAGUUGAACAGGAUGUCACAUUCACAUGUGGUAUCCAAAACAUUUCCACAUACCCAACAUGGACAAAGGCCAACCUCAUGAACCACGAAGAAGACAGUUUUAACACAGCUGUGUCAUCAAAGCCAAGGUCACUCAGAAUGUCAACAAGGAUUCGAAUUGACGACAACAGUCUGCUGCUGAUGAAUCUGGGCCUGAAUGACAGCGGGUAUUACACUUGCUCUGUCCCUGGCCAAGGAAAUUAUACCAUUACUUUGACUGUCAUUCAACCCGCAGGAAUCACCAAAUAG